ACAGUAAUUCUAAAUAUCCCAUUUUUCCAAUUUUCUCCAAAACAAUCAGAGUGGGAUAGAACCGAAUAAAGAAGAGAAUAAAACGAAUAUUGAUUCUCAAAUGAUCUUUAUCGAAACAAUAUUCCGUGCGGGCAAAAUCUCUGCGAAGAAGAACAAACUAGAACCGAAAGUUUCAGUUUUCCUCUCUCUUUCUAAUCAUAGCCAUGGGUGGUGAUACUCUCAAAGAUGAGGAGUUGGCAUCUUCUUUGUACCCUGAUUUUUCACGAUCGUCUUCUUGCUGCUUCAGUGAUGAUUUAGGGGUUUCUGAAGAGAAUCUUGCUGCUUAUUUGAGAAAGAGAGAAAAAACUUACCAAGAGAUUCUCCAAAGCCAUGAUCUGUUACGGGAGAGACUUGGCAAGAACAAUCGGAAACUGAAACUCGCAAGACGCCAAAUCUUGAGCUAUACUCCUGGAUCAUUUGCGGAUGUCAAUUUGAGCGAUUACCAUAUUCCAAAGACGACGUCGAUCCUCAUAGUUGGUCCGAAAGGAGCUGGGAAGAGUAGUCUUGUUAAUAGAAUUACAAGAGUGAUCCAAGACGAGGAGUUUGCCCCAGCUAGAGCUCAAGAAUCAUAUGGUAUGCCGUCUAAUGGAGGCACGUUCUUUCUUCAGGAAUAUAUGAUCCCAAGAGGAGGUUCUGCUUCAUUUUGCCUCUGUGACACGCGUGGCUUGAGCCAAAUCUCGUCAUCCGAUAACACUACAAUGAUUGAGCAGUGGAUUAAAAAAGGUGUUCAUCACGGCGAGCCUGUGAUCUGGAAAUCCGAUGACUCGGAUUUGAAGGAUAGAUUGAUCCGAGAUGGUUGUACAGGUUGUGAGAUAAGGAAAGUGAACUCCAUUAUAUUUGUUGUUAAUGCGGUUGAAAUGAUGGAGAGUGAAUCGAGCUAUGCCCAUAUGGUCUCGACUGCUUUUAACUCUCCUUUACUAUCGUUUAAAGAUGACAAGCCAGCAGUAGUUAUCACUCAUGGAGAUAUACUUUCAAGGGAGGAACGGGCCCGAGUUCAGGUUCUCGUUGGAGAACUUCUUGGUAUCCCACCUGACAAACAGAUUUUCGACAUUCCAGAUAGCCGGGACGCAGCCACAGCACUAACAGUCUGCAACUUGCUACGGCAUUGCCUUGAACACGCUGAUAAAAAUCUUCGGUUUUGUCCCAAGAGGAACUUCACCAUAUCGAAGGUGGAAGGAGGCGACAAAAACAGGACAAGGAUGACUAUGUUUUCAGUUGCGCUGACUCUAUUCCUGGCCUUAGCGAUAAUCUGGUUUAUCCACGAACACGGCGGACAAAACGUAGCGCAUGAGGCUCGCCACGAACUUCAUGUAUUCCAAAGUCCACGGUUAUACAACCUUACGCAUGAGGUCCUACCCAAACUUAGCAUCAGUGUUCAGAGUUCUGAGUCUGAGACCGAGGAUGUUCCUAAUGGUGAGCCUAGCAUUGAUUGGCGUACAGCUCGACGCUUGUGGUUCGAUGAGGGGAAGGUGGCCAAGGCCGAGGGCGAACCAAGCUUUGAUUGGCGAACCACUCGACGCUUAUGGUACGUUGAGUGAAAUGUAUGCAAGCGCCAUCAAUAUCUUAUAUGUAAAAAAUAUAGUAGACUGUAAACAUAAAACACGAUGUUUUGUAAACUGGACUGCAUGAACUUCUAGGUAAUCAAUAUCUGGACUGCAUGAACUUCUAGAUAUGGUAUACAAUUCAGUUUGAAUUAAAUUUUAUUUCAAAAAA